UGAAAGGAACAUAGGUGGCACAUCCCGUAUAUAUUCUACAUGUGAAUCAUACGUAGAGCACAUCUUAGAAUUUCGUGAGUUUCAAUACUGUUUUUCUAAAUUAAAAAUAUGAAACCGAAACCAGUAUUGACAGCUGAGGCAGCCUGGACAAAAUUACAACAACAUUUUGACGCUAAUAGUUCAAAAAUUAAGAUAUACGAACUCUUUCAACAAGAUCCUAAACGUUCUGAAAACUUUAGCUUAGAAAUUUCUACUCCUGAGGAUGGACCAAUUUUACUUGAUUAUUCCAAGAAUCGUCUUACUCAAGAAACAUUACAAUUAUUAUUAGAAUUAGCUCGGGCACGUGAAAUAGAAGCUGCAAGGGAUGCUAUGUUCAAUGGAGAGAAGAUUAAUUUCACAGAAAAUAGAGCAGUUUUACAUAUUGCUUUGCGUAAUAGAGCUAAUAAGCCAAUAUUGGUUGAUAAUAAAGAUGUGAUGCCAGAUGUGAAUGCUGUAUUGAGUCAUAUGAAGCAAUUUACUAAUGAGAUUCUAUCAAAAGAAUGGAAAGGUUUUACUGGUAAACCAAUUGAAGAUGUUGUUAAUAUUGGAAUUGGUGGUUCAGAUCUUGGUCCUUUGAUGGUAACUGAAGCAUUAAAGGCAUAUCACAUUGGCCCAAGAGUCCAUUUUGUUAGUAAUAUAGAUGGAACUCAUAUAGCUGAAACUUUGAAGAAAUUGAAUCCAGAAACAACUCUUUUCAUAAUAGCUUCUAAAACAUUUACCACUCAAGAAACAAUUACAAAUGCUACUUCUGCUAAAAUAUGGCUUUUAGAUACUUUAAAAAAUCCUGCAUCAGUUGCGCGGCAUUUUGUUGCAUUAUCUACCAAUAACCAGAAAGUUAAAGAGUUUGGUAUUGAUGAGAAAAAUAUGUUUGGAUUUUGGGAUUGGGUUGGUGGACGUUAUUCAUUAUGGUCAGCUAUUGGUUUAUCAAUCUCCUUGUCUAUUGGGUUUGAUAAUUUUGAAAAAUUAUUGAGUGGAGCAUACUUUAUGGAUCAACAUUUUUGUAGUGCUCCAUUGGAGAAAAAUGCCCCAGUUAUAUUAGCCUUACUGGGAGUGUGGUAUCACAAUUUCUAUAAGGCAGAAACACAUGCAUUAUUGCCAUAUGAUCAGUACCUACACAGAUUUGCCGCUUAUUUCCAACAAGGAGAUAUGGAAAGUAAUGGAAAAUAUGUUACUCGAGCAGGAAAAAUUGUAAAUUAUAAUACUGGUCCAAUUGUGUGGGGAGAACCAGGUACUAAUGGACAGCAUGCAUUUUAUCAAUUAUUACAUCAAGGUACUAGACUUGUCCCUGCUGAUUUUAUAAUUCCAACACAGUCGCAGAAUAAGGUUCAAGGAAAUCUUCAUCAUAAAAUAUUACUUGCAAAUUGUUUAAAUUUACUAUUACCACAUAAGAUGUUUGAAGGAAAUAGACCAACAAAUACUAUUCUGGUUAAAAAAGUAACACCUUUCACUCUUGGUGCUUUAAUUGCAAUGUAUGAACAUAAAAUCUUUGUGCAAGGAAUAAUUUGGGAUAUUAAUUCAUUUGAUCAGUGGGGUGUUGAAUUAGGAAAACAAUUGGCAAAGGUAAUUGAACCUGAAUUAGGAAGUACCCAAGAAAUUACAAGUCACGAUUCAUCAACAAACGGAUUGAUCGCAUUUGCUAAAAAACAUAGUUCUUAAAGGUUUAUGGAAAAA